AUGGGCGAAACUAUGACUAGAAAAAGAGAUAACGUUGGACACUCGCUAGAGGUUUUACCGGAUCUGGCGCCUUACGAGGUGGACAUGCUGACCAAAAGUGUGAAACGGUGCGACAGUUUUGACUUUCGGAGAAAGAAAGGACUGACAAGUCUUUGUGAUGAGCUGAUUAGAGGCCCUUGCAGCAUUCACACGCCAACGAAACCGUCCGUGUUGUUCUACGAUGGGAGAGCUUACAAUCAACUGGGUGAAUAUUUAUUCCUAAUGGAUCCUUGCAAAUAUAAGAGCAACACGUCUGCAUUCGUUCCAGAAAGGCCAAGAACAUUUGUGCCAGCAGCAGGACAUUAUUCUGGUCUGGGAAAACCACCCGUGCGCCAAUAUUUUAAGCUAAUACCUAUGCGCGUGCACGAGAAUCGCGUAAUGCCAGCCUAUGAGCUUUAUGACAAACGUAAUUUGUGUCAUUAUUUCAAAAACGCAGUCUAA